UUUUUUUUUUUUUUUUCAUAUCUAGAUUGGAUUUUCUUUCCAUAUAUUUGGUUGUAGCACCGAAAAGAUUCUCUUCGUACUUGCUUGUCGCUGUUACUAAUAAAUCUGUGGUUAGAGGUCUAGUACCCAUUUAAAACCAUCUAUGCAAACCCUGAUUUAAAGAUUCUAGUUAAUCGCAGUUUGCUGUGUUGUGUAGAAGCUGGCUAGUAGAUUUGAAGAAAAUAAAUAACGAUGGGUUUUUUCUCUUCGACUGUUGCAUUAAUGUUAGUAUUAUUUUCAAUGGCGAGUGAAGUGAGUUGCAUUGGUGCUAACUGGGGUACACAAGCAACCCACCCACUUCCUCCAGAUACUGUGGUGAGGCUAUUGCUAGACAAUAGAAUCCAAAAAGUUAAGCUUUUUGAUGCAGAUUAUGAUACCCUAAGAGCCCUGGGUAAGUCUGGCAUUGAGGUCAUGGUAGGAAUCCCAAAUGACUUGCUCGCAUCUAUGGCUUCAAGUGUCAAGGCUGCUGAGAAAUGGGUUUCCAAAAAUGUCUCUACACAUAUCUCCACAAAUAAUGUCAAUAUCAGAUAUGUUGCAGUCGGAAAUGAACCUUUUUUGGAAACAUACAAUGGAAGCUUUAUCCAAUCGACCUUUCCAGCUCUUCAGAAUGUUCAGUCUGCGCUUAUAAAGGCUGGGUUGAGCAAUCAAGUAAAGGUGACUGUACCACUGAAUGCUGAUGUAUAUGAGAGCUCAACUGGCCUUCCAUCUGGGGGUGACUUUCGAGCUGAUAUCCAUGAUCUCAUGAUUAACAUUGUCAAGUUCUUGAGUGAUAGCGGAUCACCAUUUACUGUGAAUAUCUAUCCUUUCAUAAGCCUCUACAUUGAUCCCAACUUUCCGGUUGAGUACGCAUUCUUUGAUGGAAAUGCAACCCCUGUAAAUGAUGGUGGGACAUCCUAUUACAACAUGUUUGAUGCUAAUUAUGAUACUCUUGCUUCCGCCUUACAAAAGAAUGGAUUUGGAAACUUGCCUAUCAUUGUUGGAGAGAUUGGAUGGCCUACUGAUGGAGAUAAGAAUGCUAACUUAGUUUAUGCUCAACGAUUCAACCAAGGUUUUAUGUCACAUAUUUCAGAUGGGAAAGGAACCCCAUUGAGGCCUGGACCAAUUGAUGCUUAUUUAUUUAGUUUGAUUGAUGAAGAUGCUAAGAGUAUUGAUCCAGGGAACUUCGAACGCCAUUGGGGGAUAUUUACAUAUGAUGGAAAAGCCAAGUACGCCCUUAACCUUGGUACUGCAAAUUCAGGACUUUUAGUUGAAGCCAAAAAUGUCCAUUACCUGGAGCGGAAAUGGUGUGUGAUGAAGCCAUCGGCCAAGCUUGACGAUCCAAAUGUCGCACCAAGUGUCAGCUUUGCUUGUGGACUUGCUGACUGUACAAGCCUUGGAUAUGGGACAUCUUGUGGAAAUUUGGAUGCUAGGGGGAACAUUUCAUAUGCGUUGAACAGUUACUAUCAGAUACAGAAUCAGGUUGACACUGCAUGCAAGUUUGAGAACGUUUCAAUGAUCACCAAAAAUGAUCCGACAACUGGAACUUGUAGAUUUGGGAUAAUGAUCGAACAAUAUUAUGGAGGUGCAGGAUUCCCUCAGAAGUCAUUGGGUUUGGCUGCAGGUUUGAUUCUGUUUUUGCUAACAAUUCUAUGAACUCAAGGGCUCCCAUAUUUUAGAUGUACCAUUUCUCGUCGAUAUGCUGUAAUGAUAGCUAAGAAAAUUGCAGAAAUUACAUGGCUGUAGUCAAUUUUUUUUAGCAGUCCAGAAACCAGGGUUUGGUUUAAUUUGAAUGUUUAGUACUGAAAUUUGAUUCCUCAUUUCUAGAACUAGAUUGUAGGAAACAUUUUUCAUGCAUUUAUAGUAAAUGCAGUUUGUGAAAUGGAGACUUAAAUAGAUUGUAUUCAGCGUAGUUGGCAGCAAAAGAAUAUGGCUUCUGAGAGUGAACCUAAUAAACAACGGCCACGGUCAAAUGGUCUGAGGGGGCCAGGCAUUGCUUGAAGCUACUUUUUAUGUAUCCAUCACCAUUCAUUACUUCUCUCUCGAAAGGAAAUGGAGAGAAGUUUAAUACAUAUAAUGAUUGUGCAAAA